AUGGUUGCUCUCAACUCAGUAAUUCGUGAGAACGUUAAAGAAAUGGAAGAAAAAGAUGGCACCAAAGAGGAGAGUAACAGUGAUGUAAUACAACAUAAAGAAAACGGGGACACUGCCCCCGUAAUAGAACCAGGCGUCCAAAAGGUACAAGCUUCAUCUAAACAGUUUGUAGAUCAAGAUACACAGUCUGAUAGCAAAGUUAGCAUUUUCAGACGAAAAGAAUUCACAGACCAAAGUGAUCAAACACACACUCCUCCUACCUAUGGAACCACUAGUAUAGACUCUUUCAGAAAACAAUCCAGAAAUAGUCAGCAUUUUGAAACUCAGGAACAACAAUUCCCAGGCCAGGAAUCCCGCCGCAAUAGUCAGAAGGUAUCUGGACAGGAAUACCACCACAGCACUCAUGUCUCAGACCAGGAAUCCUGGCAUAGUCAGCAACUCUCGGGGCAAGAAUCACGUCGUGGCAGUCAAGUGCUACCUGGCCAGGAAUCCCGUCGCAGUAGUCAGCAUAGUCAACAUCUCCCAUGUCAAGAAUCUCGGCGAAGCAGUCAUGGUAGUCAGAAGUCUUCUAGAACACAACCUAUGAAUGAAGCAGAAACAAAGGAACAUCCAACGUGGGUCAGUCAAAGGACAGGGAAAGUGAUGAAAUGUGAAAGCCAGCAGACAAGUAGAGUUUGGGAGUUCAAGCCACUUGCCGAAAUUCUUCAACCUUUUAAUCAAGUAGUUCAUAAAAGCAGAAGUAUAAAGAAAUCAGCUGCUCACGUUUCUUCUCAGCUUGUAGGGCAAGAAGCAAAGAUCAGCGGCCAAGAGCCAAGAAGUCAGGCUUCACAACAGGGUACCGAACAACCAAAAGAGGUUGUGUCUUGGAUUAGCAAAAAAGGAAAGUUAGUAAAAUGCACAAGUCAGCAGACAAGCAAAAUCUGGGAACGUAAACCCCUUGCAGAAAUCCUUUCUAAACAACAGGCACAGAGCAUCAGAGAUUCUAAAGAAAAAGCGAUCACAGGAGAGACGGUUCUUCCCAAGGGGCCAGAAAAAGAACUGGCAGAAAUAGCUAAGACACAGCUUAUCAGGCAGGAAAGCCAAAAAUCCCAGCAAGGCAGUCAGGAAUUAAAAGGAAAGGAAUCUCAAGAUGACAGACAAAUAAAAGAUUUGAUAGCUGCAGCUGGAAAAAUGGCAGAUAUAACACUACAGACUGACAGCGGUGUGAGCAUUUUCAGACGUAAAGAACUGAUGGACCAAAAUGAACAAACAGGUCUCUCUUCUGGCAGUUCAACAAGCAGCAGAGGAUCUAUGCAAAAAUUUCUACAGGAAAGACCACAAAAAAAAUCCCAGUUCGAAACUCAAAGGGAAGGGCAGGAAUCAAGACGUGGCAGUCAAGAUAUGAAAAGUAAGCCAUCACUGCAUGUCAGACAAGAAUCCAAAGUUCAGGAUUCCAAACAUGAAAAGGAAGAAUCAGAAGGUCUAGGAUUGGUGGAUGACAGUAAAAAAACAGAUGCUAAAGUUCAAGAACCUUCAGCAGUAACUGGCAUUGUUUCUGAUGAGAAAAUUGUCCGGGUGACUGGAAAAAGUGGAGCACAACUUAAAUGUUCAGGUCAGCAGACAAGUGAGAGUCUGUUCAAAGACUAUCUAAUAGAAUUAUAUGGUUCAGUUCCUAAACAGAAAAAAAGUCAAACCCCAGAGAGAACUGAGUUUCUGAGGGAAGGUCAAGAAUCAAAAGUAACAGCAGAAGCACAGCAGCACAUUGUGCAGGAAUCCAAAAAGAGCAUCCAAGAGGCAGUCUUGCCAGGAUCCAAAAAAGCCAGCCAACAGCUGGAAACCCAAGGUUCUAGAAAGAGUAUUCAAGAAUCAGAAGUAAGAGGAUCCAGAAAAGCAAGCCAACAGCUAGAAGCCCGAGAGUCUAGAAAGAGUAUCCAGGAGCCAGAGAUUACAGGGUCCAGGAAAGUCAGCCAAAAGCUGGAAGCACGAGAGCCUCGAAAGAGUCUCCAAGAGCCAGAGAUGACAGGAUCCAGAAAAGCCAGCCAACAGCUAGAAGCCCGAGAGUCUCGGAAGAGUCUCCAGGAGCCAGAGGUGCCAGGAUCCAGAAAAGCCAGUCAACAGCUAGAAGCCCGAGAGUCUCGAAAGAGUUUCCAGGAGCCAGAAAUGCCAGGGUCCAGAAAAGCCAGCCAACAGGUGGAAGCCCGAGAUUCUCGAAAGAGUCUCCAGGAGACUGUAGUGCCAGGAUCCAGAAAAGCCAGCCAACAGGUGCAAGCCCGAGAGUCUCGAAAGAGUCUCCAAGAGCCAGAGGUGACAGGAUCCAGAAAAGCCAGCCAACAGCUAGAAGCCCGAGAGUCUCGGAAGAGUCUCCAGGAGGCAGAGGUGCCAGAAUCCAGAAAAGCCAGCCAACAGCUGGAAGCCAAAGAAUCUAGAAAGAGUCUCCAAGAGGCAGAGGUGCCAGGGUCCAGAAAAGCCAGCCAACAGCUGGAAGCCCGAGAGUCUCGAAAGAGUCUCCAAGAGGCAGAGGUGCCAGGGUCCAGAAAAGCUAGUCAACAACUGGAAGCCCGAGAGUCUCAAAAGAGUCUCCAAGAGCCAGAGGCUCCAGGUUCCAAAAAAGCCAGCCAACAGCUGGAAGCCAAAGAAUCUAGAAAGAGUCUCCAGGAGGCAGAGGUUCCAGGUUCCAGAAAAGCCAGCCAACAGCUGGAAGCCAAAGAAUCUAGAAAGAGUCUCCAGGAGGCAGAGGUGCCAGGGUCCAGAAAAGCUAGUCAACAACUGGAAGCCCGAGAGUCUCAAAAGAGUCUCCAAGAGCCAGAGGCUCCAGGUUCCAAGAAAGCCAGCCAACAGCUGGAAGCCAAAGAAUCUAGAAAGAGUCUCCAGGAGGCAGAGGUUCCAGGUUCCAGAAAAGCUAGCCAACAGGUGGAAGCCCAAGAGUCUCGAAAGAGUCUCCAGGAGGCAGAGGUGCCAGGGUCCAGAAAAGCCAGCCAACAGGUGGAAGCCCAAGAGUCUCGAAAGAAUCUCCAGGAGGCAGAGGUGCCAGGGUCCAGAAAAGCCAGCCAACAGCUGGAAGCCCGAGAGUCUAGAAAGAGUCUCCAGGAGGCAGAGGUGCCAGGGUCCAGAAAAGCCAGCCAACAACUGGAAGCCCGAGAAUCUCGGAAGAGUCUCCAGGAGCCAGAGGUGCCAGGAUCCAGAAAAGCUAGCCAGCAAAUGAUAGCCCGAGAGUCUAGAAAGAGUCUCCAAGAGCCAGAGGUGACAGGAUCCAGAAAAGCCAGCCAACAGCUAGAAGCCCGAGCAUCUCGGAAGAGUCUCCAGGAGCCAGAGGUGCCAGGAUCCAGAAAAGCUAGCCAGCAACUUAUAGCCCGAGAGUCUAGAAAGAGUCUCCAAGAGCCAGAAGUUCCAGAAUUGGAAAAGAUUAGCCAGCAGCUGGAAGCCCAAGAGUCUCGAAAGAGUCUCCAAGAGGCAGAGGUGAUAGGAUCCAGAAAAGCCAGCCAACAGCUAGAAGCCCAAGAAUCUCGGAAGAGUCUCCAGGAGCCAGAGGUGCCAGGAUCCAGAAAAGCUAGCCAGCAACUGAUAGCCCGAGAGUCUAGAAAGAGUCUCCAAGAGCCAGAAGUUCCAGAAUUGGAAAAGAUUAGCCAGCAGCUGGAAGCACAAGAAUCUCGAAAGAGUCUCCAAGAGGCAGAGGUUCCAGGUUCCAGAAAAGCCAGCCAACAGCUGGAAGCCCGAGAAUCUAGAAAGAGUCUUCAGGAGCCAGAGAUGCCAGCUUCCAGAAAAGCUAGCCAACAGCUGGAAGCACAAGAGUCUCAAAAGAAUAUCCAGGAGCCUGAGGUUCCAGGAUCCAGAAAAGCUAGCCAGCAACUGGAAGCCCGAGAGUCUAGAAAGAGUCUCCAAGAGCCAGAAGUUCCAGGAAUGGAAAAGGUUAGCCAGCAGCUGGAAGCAGAAGAGUCUCAAAAGAGUCUCCAAGAGCCAGAGGUUCCAGGAUCCAUAAAAGUUACACAGAAGCAAUCACAAGAGAGUAGACAAUUGUAUAUGGCUGAUGUGACAGAACAAGUAGGUGCCUCUGAAAGCCAAGCAACUCUACAAAGCUUCACUGAUCAUUUAAAUAGGGAGAACAAAGGGUUGCAGACAUGCAGCAUAAUUUCUAUAGAAGAUGGGAUGUGGCUAAACAGAAAAACAGGCAAGGUUUUAGUAAGUCAUACUCAACAAACUGAAAUUACUUCACGUUGGCCUCCUAAUAAAAGAGCAACAGAAAGUGAAAAAAUGGCAGAUAUAACACUACAGACUAUAUGA